UGUUACAUGUUCAAGGACUCGCUGAAGUACAGUUGACAGUAAAACGCAAUUAUUUCUUGGAAAGGAAAACAGAGAGAAUGCUAGCUGAAGUGAAGUUCUUGGUGGCAGAUUACAUUGUCUGUGCACUUGCAUUAUGUGUAUCCGUCAGCAUAGGACUCUACUACGCUUGUUCUGGAGGUCGUCAAGUUACGACGGCAGAAUAUCACCUUGGAAACCGAAACUUAAAUUUCCUACCAGUUAUGUUUUCCUUGAUGGUGACGUCACAAUCAUCUAUUUUGAUUCUGGGGGCACCGGCUGAGACCUACCUUUAUGGUUUCCUGGCAACGUUCAUUGGUUUUGGUUUCUGGUUUGCUUACUGGUUAGGCGCCAGGAUAAUAAUUCCUGUCGUCCAUCCACUGAGAAUAACCAGUGUAAACGAAUACUUUGAACUGCGAUACAAAAGCAACCGUGUACGCAUCUUUACAACUAUCCUUUCUUUCAUGUUUUGGUUUAUAUAUCUAGGUAUUGUUACAUACGGUGUUUCUACAGCCAUAGAGUCAGUUUUGGGUGUACCGAUUUGGCUGUGUGUGGUGAUUGUGUCUAUUUGUAGUAUGAUAUAUACCGCUAUUGGAGGCAUAAAGGCCGUAAUCUGGACCGAUGUCAUACAAUACUGGAUCAUGUUGGCCUCAGUAUUAGCGAUCCUAAUACAGGGAUCACUGAAGGUCGGGGGCGGGUCUGAGGUGAUCCGUAUAAACUCAAAAGGAAAGAGGCUGGAUAUUUGGAAUUUCAGUCUCGAUCCGACGCUUCGGUACACCAUUUGGAGCUCUGUGAUAGGAAACACCGCAAAGAUUGGCUUUUUCCCGUUCGCCCAGUCCUCGGUACAGAGAAUUGGAUGUAUGCCUACAAUCAAAGAUGCAUACAGAAUGUUUUACAUCGUUGCACCCCUGAUGUGUUUAUCUUUCCUUUUGGCGGGAAGUAUGGGCCUUGUAUCCUACGCCUAUUUUGUCAAAGUAAGAUGCGAUCCAUUGGCAUCAAAGUUUAUCAAAAACCCAAAUCAGAUACUACCCAGCUUGGUGACGGAGAUAUUCCAGGAUACACCCGGAAUGACCGGGCUGUUCAUUGCUGGACUUCUCUGUGCUUCGUUGAGUACAGUGUCGAGUGGUUAUGCAGUAAUAUCAUCAAUGACUCUACAAGACAUCCUUAAGAUGAAAUGGCCAAAUCUGUCCGAGAAAAGGUCAACUAUAGCUUCGAAAUUGACAGUGCUUGUUAUUUCAAUUUCAACCACUGUGAUGGCAUUAGUGCUUGCAAACAUCAAAGGGACUCUGCUUAAGCUGGCCCAAAUGGUAAUGACAAUACCUACCGCUCCAUACACAGGGAUCAUUCUCUACAGUAUCUUCUGUACAUCUGCCACUUCAACGGGGGCUAUUGCUGGGGGCAUCAUUUCUAUGAUGUUCUAUCUGUGGAUGGCAAUUGGUAAUAUCGUUGUCAGUCCCCCCAGUGUAGAGACAAAACUGGCACCAGCUCCACUAGACAUGUGCUUCUUGAACAGUUCUCUGGUAUCUUACUCUGAACCUUACAACGUAUCUAGCUAUAGCGCUGAUGUAUCAAAACCGGAUCAAUCUUCAAUGGAAGGCUUCAAUCAGAUCUAUGGCAUGUCUUUCCAAUGGUUCGAUUUCAUCGCUAUUAUCCUUGUCUUUGUUGUUGGGUUAAUUACCAGCAAAAUUGUCGGUUCGCCAAAAGAAGAGGAUGUCGAUGCUAGGUAUGUUCUGUGCUUUACGGAACAAUUUUUCCCAUAUCUUCCAGAAAAGGUGAAACAUUUACUAUCUUGUCGAUCAACAAUUCCAAAGAGAAGAAAGCAAAUAAAAGCUGAAGAACGCCAAGACAAAAAAGAGAUUAUUGUACUGCACGAACAAAAUGCCAGUAAUGAAACUAGACAGUAUAUUGGUUGAUGCAUGCUCAAGUGCUUCGAUCUUAAACUCUCCGAGAAGAAACUCUCAAAUGUGAUAAAUUAAACAUCUAAUAUUCAUGCUUACACAUAAGAUAUAAACUGUAUCCGUAUAUCCUGAGCAUCUAUUACGUCGCUACAGUUAACAUAUAUCUCAAUCUGUUGUAUCAUCUAUACUACUAUAUUAAAAUAAUAUAGUUAGA